CUGGAUAUGCCAGCAAAUCAAGCCGACUGCAUUGCAAGCGGAGCGGCGACCGUAGCGUUGCAGGAAGGAGGCCGCGGCGGGCUCUGCAAACCUCGGCCGCUUCCCUAACAGGCCACGGGCCGGCUGCCCCCUGUGAGCGCAUAAGGGGUCGCCACGCUGUGUCGGCGGAGGAGCGGCGGCUCCCUCUGCACCCCGCCGCCCCUGCCCGCGCCCUUUCCCCGAUCUCCUGGCAUCCGCCCUCCCCUUCUGGCGCGGCGCUUCCUUUUCCGCUCGCCUUGGCUGCGGGUUGCCUCACCAAGCCGAGCGGCCUCCAGGCGGCUCCACACCCGGCAAGAUCCAGGGCGCCCGAGAACACGCCGUUCCAGAUGUGGACGAGGCCACGCCUUGCCAUUUGCGCGCUGUUUGUCCUCAUUUGCUUGGGCUGCAGAUGCGCGCUGUGCCUUCUCUGGGCCGCAGGGGGCGGUAGACUCUGGCGAGAAAAGACAAAGGAGCCCGACUCCUGAAUGGGAAAAAUCAACAUGAAGGGUGAAGAAACUCGGCAGCGCCGGAAGGAAGGUCGGACCAGGAAUGGAGAGCGAUCGAGGCACAAAGCAAAGAGCAAGAGUAAACAUAAAGAGAGCAAACUUGGCAGCCAAGGCCCAGAGGAUGGCCCUUUGCUCCUGCCUCAGAAGCAGCCUCCCGAGGCAAAAGUGGCCAUGGCAAAGCUUCAGGAGGAAUCGGCCCUGGCUAUUGGCCUCCAGGUGCUCCUGCCUUACCUGCUGGCAGGCAUGGGCAUGGUCCUGGCAGGCAUGGUCUUGGAUUAUGUUCAGCACUGGAAAGUAUUUAUGACAAUCACAGAAUUAUUUAUUCUGAUUCCAGCCCUGGUUGGUUUGAAAGGCAACCUUGAAAUGACCUUGGCAUCUAGACUUUCUACAGCUGCUAAUACUGGCCGGAUGGAUAAUACACAAGAAAAAUGGAAAAUGGCUAUCUGCAACCUGGCCUUGAUUCAGGUACAGGCCACCGUGGUAGGUCUUCUGGCAUCUGUAGCAGCCGUCCUUCUAGGUGCACUCUCCAAGGGGUAUUUGGAGCUGAGCCAAGCAGCUGUGUUGUGUGCCAGCAGCCUGACAACAGCAUUUGUAGCUGCCCUCUUCCUGGGUUUGGUGAUGAUUGGUGUGAUCAUUGGAGCAAGAAAGGUUGGGAUAAACCCAGAUAAUGUUGCCACUCCCAUAGCUGCAAGCCUUGGAGAUUUGAUUACUCUUUCCCUGCUGGCUGGCAUUAGCAGUACUCUCUUCAGAUACACAGAUGUAAGAUACCUAUCACCCAUGAUCUGUGCCAUUUUCAUUGUCUUGAUUCCUUUGUGGAUUGCAAUUGCUCGGCAAAGUCCUCCCAUUGCUGAAGUCUUGAAGGCUGGAUGGCAGCCAGUCAUCAUUGCAAUGGCCAUCAGCAGCCUUGGCGGACUAAUUUUGGACAAAACUAUAACAAACCCAAACUUUGAAGGCAUUGCUGUUUUCACUCCAGUGAUCAAUGGUGUUGGGGGCAAUUUGGUGGCUAUCCAAGCCAGCCGUAUCUCCACAUUUCUGCACUUCUGGAGCAUGCCUGGGGUCCUGCCACACAAAAUGAGGCAGCAUUGGCCUAAUCCAUGUACCACCUUCUUCACUUCAGGCAUCAAUUCCAAAUCAGCUCGUGUCCUGAUCUUGCUAGUGAUCCCAGGACACCUGGUGUUCCUCUAUACUAUUCAUCUCCUUCAGGCAGGCCACACAGCACUCACUUUCACUUUUGUGGCAUUUUAUCUGAUAGCUGCUCUCCUGCAGGUUGGAAUUCUGCUCUACAUGGCUGACAUCAUUGUGCGACUAAUGUGGAGAAAGGGUCUGGAUCCUGAUAAUUAUUCCAUCCCCUACCUCACUGCUAUGGGAGAUCUCCUGGGCACUGGCUUCCUGGCUCUUUGCUUCUACUUGCUUUGGUUGCUUAAUGGGUUGAAGCCAAAACAAGGGAACUAAAAUGUUGCUGCUGUAGUGUCAACCUGCCUGCAAAUCUCUCACAAUGGUUCAACAGGGUACUGAAAAGAGGGCAUCCAGGUCCCUAAACUGAAAUGGGUUGGCUAUCUCCACCCUUUUGAUCUCAACACUGCGUAGCUGGAAGUUGGAAAGAGCUACCAAUGACAUAGUAUAAUCAUGUAUCACAGCUUUUGAAGCAUCAGCAAGGAAAGGAUUGUGAAGCACUCUGAUCAGUUUUUCAGUUGGUAAAGGAGUGUUAUUACAACGGCCUGGUUUGAACAGUCUAUUGAUGCUACCAGGAAGCUAACCCCUAUUCUCAGUGGGAUUGAGCUUGUGUCCUUGAUGAGACGCCGCACUGUCUCCACCAGGCUUCAAGGCGGCAUUUUGCCUUCUGUCUGCUAUAUGUUCCAACAGAGAAAGAGGAAGAAAAUGAGAGAGAAUUAUGUCCAGGACUGUUCCCACUCGACUCCUAAACAUAAAGAGGGAAACAAAGCCUCACAGUAAGAUAGCUCAAAUUCGGCUCCAUGACACCUCAUGCAUAACGGUAUCCUACUCAGUGAAGUAUUGCUUUGCAUUACAUUUUUUAGUCUGUAUGCUAA